GGCAACCCCACUCUCGAGUCGCCACAAGGACCAAUACCUACCAUUCUUGGGCGUCAAUGCGUUGGCGCGCCUCGACCCACACAUGCGACAAGCCUUAAUUCAACUUCAAUUCAACGCUGUACCACGCCUUUGCGACCAAUAAAGGGUAUCAACAAGGAUGGAGAAACACAGUAGGGGCGGUGACUUCUUUAGACCGCCUCCGACAUCGCCCAAGGGCCACCCAAGAAAGAAACUACGCCGGGAAGGACCCCCGAGACAACGGGAGGAUAACGACUGGUCGCGCCCGCCGCCUUCUCUGUCUCCCCCGGUUGCCGGCUUUCAAGAUGAUGAUGAUGGUGCGCGCGAGUCUAAGCCACACCACCUGGGCGGGUAUUUAAUCGAGUCUGACUUGAGAAUCCGCGGCAAAUCCCACGCGUUGCCCAAAUCUGAGGAAGGAUACGACAGUGAGCCCGAGUCGAAUUCCCUGGGGAAUCUCGAGAGGACCUUCGUAUCCACCGCCCGGAGCAUCUUCGCCCUUGUCCAGAACAUCGAGUCUGUCACGACAAAGAGCGGUUAUGCGCCUACGCAUCCCAUCUCGCGCGCCGUGGCGAGAAUCCAAGGGCAGUUGGACAGGCUCAACGAUGUCUACCACGCCAUGGGGGCCGAGAUGGAGAGCAUGGGGGGCGAGCUGGACCAGCUUGCCGCACGGGAAGAAUCCCUGCGGAAAGACCUGGACAAUUGCAAAACGACCAACUUCAAGCUCGCAUGUAGCAAGAAGGAUCUCGGCGAGGAGGUUCACUCCCUGAAAUCCGCAGCUGCUGGGACCGAGGUGGAGCUGCGCCGGCUGAAGCGCGAUCUGGAAGAUCGCGAAGCAGAACAGACGCGACUCGAAGCCAGCCUGCGCGAGCUGCAAGAGGAGCGCAGGAAGACGGGCGCCGAGAAGCUCUGGCUGGAAGACACCGUUCGGAAACGCGACGUGAGCAUCGAGACGGCCGCGGCAGACAACCGCAGGAUGCAAAACCUGGUCCAAGAAAUGGAACAAGAAAUGGAAGGACUCAAGUCUAACAACCUCGGACUCCAAAGUUUGAUUCAGCAGCGAGAGGGAGAAGCCGAAGCGGCCAAAGCCGAAAGUUUGCGACUACAGGACCUCAUCCGCUCGAAAGAGGCUCAUAUAGCUUCGCUGGCUGUGGUACCACCCAUCACGCCACUAUCACCGUUGGGGCCAUCGGGACCUUUUUCCUCUUUAGCAGGCCCAGUCCUGCCAAUGGUCCCGCAAGGUCACACUCUACCGCCUCGCUCAAAUUCCCCGCUUCCAUAUAUCAAGCAGGAAGCACCGGAUCCCACACCGCCGGCAGCUUUCACAGUUCCGGCCACCACGCCAGCCGAACAGCUAGAAGUCCCGACACAACGGGUCUCCCAUAUCGGGGUCGGCGCGGCAGACAUUCUCAGCAGAUUAUUCGCCGUCGACCGCCCCAUCUCCUGUGACAACCCCGUCCUAUCGAGCUUCCUCAGCAACCUCGGCGCCGCCCCGGAAGCUUCCUCCAUCCCCAUCACACGAUCAACAACCGAAUUCUGGACCCUCAACGACCCGUGGACAACACAGCCCCCACCGCAGCGCACCCUCCGCGGAACCCUCGAAGAGCAAUUCACCCACCUCUGCCUGCUCUUCCCUUUCCCCGGCACAACUCCCACAAUCAACCCCGCCGAUCACCCCAACAACGGCACCAUCCCCAACCCCGCGACAUUCCACCUCCUCACCACCCUCCUCACAGCCCUCACCAGGGCGGAUUACUCCACCGCCCCCCGCGCAGCCUGGGCGUUCCUGCAGACCAUGUCCGGUUUCCUCCCCCCUUUCCUCCUCCCCUCCCCCACAUCCUCCACUUCGGCAACGGCAACGGCGACGCGCACCGCUCUCUUGAGCGUCAUGCUCGCCGAGCUGUGCCGCGCACUGGCGGCGGCCUUACAAAUGCCGCCUUCUGCGGUCUCUGCACCGCUGCUGUGGCAGCAACAGCAGCAGCAGCAGCAGCAGCAGCAGGGAGGUGAUGAGGGACAGGCUAGGCCGCUGGCCCGGUUGGCGGGCUUGCUGCGGGAUGUGGAUCGGUCUGGGGCGGAUGGGGGGCUGGGUGGGUUGGCGGAUGGGUUGGUGGCGGCUGCUGGGGAUGGGUUUUGUGUCUUUUCUUAUGGUUGCGGCACUCCGGGGAGUAGUGGAGGGAAGGGAGGGGAAGUGGAAGUGGUGGGGAGGGAGGUGGGGCUGCUUCACUGCGGUGGUGGCGAUGGUGGCAGCGGCUUCUUUCUAAUGAUUGAUUUCGCGGAGAGGAGUUUGAGGGCCGUGGACUGUCGGCUGGCGGGGAUGAGGCCGAAUGCGGCGGAGCCGAGGAAGCUGGAUCUCAUUGUUGCGAGGCCGGAUGAUGGGCGGGAUGAUGGGGAGGAAGAGGAGUUGUUUAGGCUCGCCGCGGCACCGCGCGAUGUGGCGGCGUUUUGGGUCAAGUAUGCUAUGGGUGAUGACUGAUGGUUGAGCAGGUCAAGAGCGAGUAUAUUAUAUUUGCUACAUGUCAUGCGUGACGAUGGGUUCGGGUUCGGUAUCUUUUCUUUUAGCACAGAGAACGCGGUGACGCGGUCUUGUUCUGUUAGUUACGUAGGAUAGGUAUGAAUAGAGACAAAUAAUCAUUUAAUAAACC